CUGAUAAUAUAAACAAAACACAACGUGUUCAUUGCUUCUAUUUUUUAAAUUGUUAGUUUCUUAGUGGUAACUUGUAAUUGAAAAAGAAAAAAAGCUCUCAACUAUAAAAUGGAAUUAUUUACGGUUACAAGAUUUGAUGAAAAUAAAAUUGAUGAUGAUCAUGAGAAUAAACUAUUGAAAAAAUUGUUGAAAAAAGCAAAGAAAAGAAAGCUAGAAGUUGAAUCAAAAGAUAUCACAGAAGAGCACCAGAAAAUUGAUUAUGAAAUAUCCGAAAAUAAAUCGACAGAACAUCAAAUUUCUAAUCAUGAAGAAAAUGGAAAUAGUGAAAAAAUGAAUGCCAAUAACAUAAAUGAAAAUAAGGAAGAUGAAAAUAUUGAAAACGAAUUUCAGAUCUUGGGCAAUGAUGUUUUUAAAAAAAAGCAAAAAAUAAAUAUGGUAUUACCCCCAUGGUUGGCACAUCCGACUGUGAUAAGUACAAACAUUUUGGAAGAAAAUGAAAACGAAUCAAUAGAAGAUUUGGAAUAUUUAUCACCAAUAAUAAAAGAAAAUUUACGAAAAAUGGGUAUUACAAGAUUGUUUCCGGUUCAAAAGGAAGUUGUGCCUUCAAUACUUAACGCUCACUCUAAACCCUUUCCAUUUAAGCCUAAAGAUAUUUGUGUUUCUGCUCCGACUGGUAGUGGUAAAACGUUAGCCUUUGCUAUACCUUUAAUUCAGUUACUUAUGAAUCGCGUGGAACGGAAAACUAGAGCACUUGUUAUUCUGCCAGUAAACGAAUUAGCAUUGCAAAUUUUUAAAGUUUUGAAAUCUCUUGCUGAUAAAACCGUGUUAUCUAUCCGUUUACUUUCGAAAGGUGUACCUUUUAUUAAAGAGCAACAGCUACUUCUAGAUUUUUAUGAUGGAAACUAUUAUUCAAAAGCUGAUAUUAUAGUCACAACCCCUGGGCGACUUGUAGAGCAUUUACACUCUACUAAAGGACUCUGCUUAAAGGAUUUAAAAUUUAUAGUAAUCGAUGAGGCUGAUCGUAUAAUGGAACAAAUUCAUUUUAAUUGGUUGUAUCAUUUAAAUGAGCAUGUUAGAAAAACAUCUGACGAGUUUUUCUCUGGCACAUCAGCACCGUUAUGCCUUCAGGAACUAAUGACAAAUUUGGCAAACCAACCACAUAAAAUGCUUUUCUCAGCUACUUUAUCACAUGAUCCAGAAAAGUUGAUCAAUUUAAAAUUAUUUCAACCGAAAUUGUUCACAACGGUGACUAUCCCUAUAGAAAAGCUUGUUGAAGGGUUAUCGCAAAUUACUAAUGGUGAAAAAAACCAUGCAAAAGAUGUUCGCGGAGAAUUUGUUGGGAAGUAUACAACUCCAUUAGAGCUUACGGAAAAAAUAUGUUUAACUGAUACGCCUUUAAAGCCCUUAACACUUUUCGCUUUAAUAAAAGAAAACUGUUGGAACAAAUUUUUAUGCUUUACAAACAGUGUCGAUUCAGCUUACAGGCUUUCUAAAGUUUUAGAUUACUUUUUUGGAAAACAAAAAUACAUACGCGAAUUGUCAGCUUCUCUAACAGCUUCUCAAAGGAAUAAAGUAUUAGAUCUAUUUGCAAAAGGAAAAAUUAAAGGUUUAAUUUGUUCGGAUGCGCUAGCACGUGGUAUCGAUAUUCCGCUUGUCGACAUUGUUAUAUCUUACGAUGUACCCAGGCACAUAAAAACAUAUAUUCACAGAAUCGGAAGAACAGCAAGGGCUGGACGCUUAGGUACCGCAAUUACAUUGCUAUCUGAAGACGAAAAGUACAAAUUUAAGAAUGUUUUGGCGGAUGCUGGAAAAUUUAUAACUGAGGAAAUCAAAGUUGAGUCUAAAAUUGAAGAAGAAUAUGCUAAUGAAUAUACAAAAGCACUGCAAUAUUUACAAUAUGACAUCAAAGACAAGAAAAGAAAGGAAAUAAUUAAAAAGAGCAUUCACAAAUCAGAAUUAGGGAAUAAUAAAAUCGAUGCCCCAUCUAAUGUUUUAGAGAAAUUGCAGCACGAUUUAAAUAAAAAUUUCGAAGCCGGAGAAACUCCAACCAUUAUUCAACGCAGAUUUAGAAAAAACAACAAAUUGAAAAAAAAUAAAAAAAGAAAAACAUAAAUUACAAAAAAUAAAAAAUAUGU